GCCACCACCGUCCCAGUAUCUGCUCCAGCGGCUCCUGUUCAACAGGAGCAGGCCCCCUUGAUCGAUUUCGAGGCUAUUGAGGAGGUGAUCACUGCCCCGGCCACGGACAUCCUUAUGGAGUCGAAGCCUACUGAGGCACCUGCUACCCCUGACGUGAUCGCGGCCACCCCGCCAGUCGCCACUCCGCGUCUGCAUGCCGGACGUGCCCGCCUGGCUGGCGGUUCACGUCGUGCGAGCCGACCCCGUGCCGCCAGAUCCGCCCGCCGCGCAGCUGCCUCUGCCAGCAAGGCCCGAAGCUCCGUCGGCAAGCGUUUGCAAAAACGUGUGGCUCCAAGCCCUGUGGCCGCACCUGCCUUUGACCCCAGCACAGUGCGCCAGAGUGUCCAGAUCGGCCUUCGCAUCUCCUCCACCCUCCGAUCCGAGAAGGGGCGGGAGUGCAAGUCGACCUCAGCACUGGAAGGCUCUGAUAUGAGCACAGGUUUACGUAUUCAAGCAAAUGCAUAUGGCGAAUAA